CCGUCUCUGUUUCCUUCUCUUCUCAUCUUUUUUGCUUCAAUGGCGGCUUCUAAUGGUAGCGAGUACUUCCAUUUCGAGAUGAACGUGACCGAUCAAUCCUUUGUGAGACCGUCCAACGCUGAGUUAUUCGCGAAGGACGAGCAUGAGCUUUUGUGGGCCGCGAUUGAGAGGUUACCGUCUCGUAAACAGUCGAAUUACGCAUUGUUGACGCAUACUGCGUCUGAGAUCUCCUCUAAUGGCGAUGAAAACAUUAAGAGAAUUGAAACUAUUGACGUCCGGAAGCUCGAUAAGAACAAACGCGAACUUGUUGUGAAGAAAGCAUUGGCUACCAAUGAUCAAGAUAAUUUUAAGUUGCUUUCUGGAAUUAAGGAGCGUCUCGAUAAAGCCGGAGUAGUGAUUCCAAAGGUUGAAAUUAGAUUCCAUAACUUAAAAGUGGGAGCAGAUGUUCAAAUCGGUUCUAGAACUUUGCCUACUUUAAUCAACUAUUCAUACGAAGUUGUUGAGAAUAUAUUGAUGAGUUUGAGAAUCAUCAAAGGCAAGAGAUAUCCAUUAACAAUUCUGAGUGACGUCAGUGGCCUCGUGAAACCAGGAAGGAUGACGCUGCUCUUAGGGCCUCCAGGUUCUGGAAAAUCGACCUUACUUCAAUUCCUAGCCGGCAAACUUGAUAGAAACUUAAAGAAAAGUGGUAACAUCACUUAUAAUGGACAUCGUCUUCAUGAGUUCUGCGUUCAAAGAACCUCCGCAUACAUUAGCCAAUCCGAUGAUCACCUACCGGAGUUGACUGUGCGAGAAACUUUGGACUUCGCCGCUAGAUGCCAAGGUGCAAGUGAAAGCUUUGCAGAAUAUUUGAAAGAACUGUCACGCUUGGAGAAAGAAAGAAAAAUCCGACCUAGUCCUGAUAUUGAUGCAUUCAUGAAGGCAUCGUCAGUUGGUGGUAAAAAGCACAGUGUGUUAACAGAUUACAUUUUGAAAGUGCUUGAUCUUGAUAUAUGCUCGCAGACAUUAGUUGGUAGUGAUAUGGUGAGGGGUGUCUCUGGUGGCCAAAGAAAAAGAGUUACUUCAGGGGAAAUGAUUGUUGGGCCAAGGAAGACUCUUUUUAUGGAUGAGAUAUCCACCGGACUUGAUAGCUCCACAACUUAUCAAAUUGUGAAAUGUUUAAGGAACUUUGUUCAUCAAAUGGAGGCUACAGUGUUAAUGGCUCUCUUACAACCUGCUCCUGAGACAUUUGAACUGUUUGAUGAUCUUGUGUUGUUAUCAGAGGGUUAUUUGGUGUAUCAAGGCCCUCGAGCCGAGGUGUUAAGGUUUUUCGAGUCAUUGGGUUUUAAGCUACCCCCUCGCAAGGGGGUAGCUGAUUUUCUUCAAGAGGUGACGUCUAAGAAUGAUCAAGCACAAUAUUGGGCUGAUUCCACUCGGCCAUAUACAUACAUUUCUGUUCCUGAAUUCGCAGAAGCAUUUAAGAACUCCAAUAUUGGGAAGUCUUUGGAGUCCUCGCUCAACACUCCAUUUGAUAAGUCUCUAAGCCAUCCUUCAGCUUUGGCUAAAACAAAAUUUGCUGUGUCAAAGCGUGAGCUUUUCAAAGCUUGCUUCUCUCGAGAAGUACUGUUGAUUAACCGAAAUAGUUUUCUUUAUAUUUUCAAGACAUGUCAGGUUGCAUUUGUUGGAGUUGUUACAUGCACAAUGUUCUUAAGAACAAGACUACACCCCACGGAUGAGAUAAAUGGCAAUCUCUAUCUGGCUUGCCUGUUCUUUGGAUUGGUGCAUAUGCUGUUUAAUGGCUUCUCUGAGCUACCUUUAAUGAUAUCUCGAUUGCCUGUUUUCUACAAGCAAAGGGAUAAUCUGUUUCACCCUGCUUGGUCCUGGUCUUUUACUAGCUGGAUUUUGCGCGUGCCUUAUUCCAUUCUUGAAGCCGUUGUGUGGUCUUGUGUUGUAUAUUAUCCUGUUGGCUUUGCCCCUAGUGCUGGGAGGUUCUUCCGCUUCAUGUUCCUACUCUUUUCAGUUCAUGAAAUGGCUAUAGGUCUUUUUCGUCUAAUGGCAGCUAUAACCAGAGACAUGGUAAUUGCCAAUACAUUUGGUUCAGCAGCUUUGCUUAUUACAUUCUUACUGGGUGGUUUUAUGAUACCAAAAGAAAUGAUUAAGCCAUGGUGGUCAUGGGCUUUUUGGGUCUCCCCACUUUCUUAUAGCCAACGUGCUAUUUCUGUCAAUGAGUUUACUGCCACUAGGUGGAUGGAGAAAUCUACCAUUGGAGAUGGAACUGUUGGAUACAAUAUUCUUCAUUCACAUAGCAUGCCUAGUGGUGAUAAAUGGUACUGGGUGGGUGUUGGAGUGAUGUGGGGUUAUGUAGCUCUUUUCAAUAUUUUGGUGAAUUUGGCUUUAGUUUACCUCCACCCGCUAAGAAAAGCCCAAACUGUAACCCCACUUGCUUCUACUGCGGAAAAUGGUGUUGAACAAGCUUUGAAAUUUAGUGAAACAUCUCCCAGAGCCGGCAAGACAGAAAAGGGAAUGAUUCUUCCAUUCCAACCAUUAACAAUGACUUUUCAUAAUGUUAAUUAUUUCGUUGAUACUCCAAAGGAAAUGAUGCAGCAAGGUAUACUAGAAAAGAAAUUGCAGCUGUUAUCAAAUGUGAGUGGAGUGUUUUCACCAGGAGUUCUUACAGCUUUAGUUGGAUCAAGCGGGGCAGGAAAAACUACACUGAUGGAUGUUCUUGCUGGAAGAAAAACCGGUGGAUACAUUGAAGGUGAUAUCAGAAUAUCAGGCUUUCCAAAAGAGCAGCCUACUUUUGCUAGAAUAUCAGGCUACGUAGAGCAAAAUGAUAUCCAUUCCCCCCAAGUCACAGUCGAGGAAAGCCUCCAAUUCUCCUCAUUUCUACGUCUUCCAAAAGAAAUCAGCAAAGAAAAACGACAGGAGUUCAUUGAAGAAGUAAUGAGUCUAGUGGAGCUUGAUACUCUUAGGCAUGCUUUGGUUGGUGUGCCAGGUAAUACUGGUUUAUCAACAGAGCAGAGAAAACGCCUGACAGUUGCAGUGGAGCUUGUUGCAAAUCCUUCUAUCAUCUUUAUGGAUGAACCUACCUCUGGACUCGAUGCUCGAGCGGCUGCCAUUGUUAUGCGAACCGUUCGUAACACGGUCGAUACGGGAAGAACUGUUGUUUGUACCAUUCAUCAACCUAGUAUUGACAUUUUUGAAGCAUUUGAUGAGUUGCUUCUUAUGAAACGAGGGGGAAGAGUUAUAUAUGGGGGAAAGCUUGGAAUACAUUCACAAAUAAUGAUAGACUAUUUUGAGGGAAUUAGUGGAGUUCCUCCAAUACCAGAUUCUUACAAUCCAGCUACUUGGAUGCUUGAGGUCACGUCCCCUGCUGCUGAGCACAGAAUUGGUAAAGAUUUUGCUGACCUAUAUAGGGACUCGAAUCAAUACAGAAUCGUCGAAGCUUCCAUCAAGCAAUUAAGCGUUCCACCGGUGGGUGGAGAAGCAUUGAAGUUCGAUACCACAUACUCGCAAGGCAUACUAUCUCAGUUCAUUAUUUGCCUAUGGAAGCAAAGGCUUGUGUAUUGGAGAAGUCCCCAUUACAAUGUGAUGAGGUUAUGUUUCACCUUCAUAAGUGCACUGAUUUUUGGUUCAGUGUUUUGGGGUAUUGGUAUGAAAAGGAACUCAACUCAAGAACUGUUCGUUGUUAUGGGAGCUCUGAACACUGCAUGCUUAUUCAUCGGAGUAAACAAUGCUUCCACUGUACAACCAAUUGUUUCAAUUGAGCGAACAGUAUUCUAUCGCGAGAAAGCAGCUGGAAUGUAUUCUCCAUUCGCUUAUGCAUUUGCUCAGAGCUUAGUGGAGGUUCCCUACAUUGCUGCACAGACCAUAAUAUACGGUGUCAUCUCAUAUUUCAUGGUUAAUUUCGAAAGAAACGCGGGCAAGUUUUUCCUAUAUCUGCUGUUCAUGUUCUUGACGUUCACCUAUUUCACCUUUUAUGGAAUGAUGGUGGUGGGGCUGACUCCAUCACAAAAUCUGGCAUCCAUUGUAUCUUCAGCAUUCUACUCUUUAUGGAAUCUCCUCUCUGGCUUUCUUAUUCCAAAGCCCAGCCUCCCAGGAUGGUGGAUUUGGUUCUACUACAUCUGCCCUGUUGCAUGGUCUUUGAGGGGAAUUAUAACGUCGCAGCUUGGCGACGUAGACACCAUAACUGUGGGGCAAGGUUUCGAGGGGUCUGUGAAAGAAUACUUGGAAGUAAGCCUUGGAUAUGGCCCCGGCAUGGUCGGAGUUUCGGUUGUGGUGCUCCUUGCCUUCAUCCUCGUCUUCUUCUCCAUCUUUGCCCUCUCCAUCAAAUUCAUCAAUUUCCAGAAAAGAUAAAAGAUAAAAGUAUAAUGCCAUUGCAUUCUUUGUAAAGUAAAUAGUAUAAUACCUAAAUUUAUUAGUACAGUUUUACUUACUAUCAUAAUUUUGAGAUUUGAAU